GUUAUUAUUACGCCGCACCGUGGAUUUGUUUAUUUUUUGCAAAUAAUUAAUAUUUUAUCGAUUUGCAGCAUAACUGGUCGACAAGUAAAUCACAGAGGAUGGCGACCAAUGAUCAGCCAAAUUAUCCUCCGAGCAGCAGCUACUCUCAGCCCCAAUCAUCAUCCAGUGUUUUCUAUGAAAAUGAGGUGAAGAAGGGGAGUGAGAUUAUGUUGCGAGAUUCAGAAGUGCAGCAGUUACUGCAACAAAGCAGAGAAGUGCAACAUUCACAACAACAGCAGCAGCACCUGCAGCAGAUGCAGCAACAACAACAACAUCAUCUUCAACAGCAACAACAUCAGCAGCAACAAGAGUUAUUACAACUACCAGUCAAAUCAGAACCCAUGCCUCACAGUCCAGAAAAAAUGGCACCAGUCACCUCUUCAACAUCUGAAGCCAGUCCAAAACAGUCUGGUUCCCCAGUUACAUUAAAUGAUGAUAGGAGCCGGCUCAGUCAAUCAGAUAGGACACAUCUGUGUAUGACUUGUUUUAAAGGGUUUAGAAAUAAGCCACAGUUAACCCAGCAUGAACUUGUACACAAUAACAAGAGAAAACAUGUGUGUUCCUAUUGUGAAAAGUCUUUUAAACAGAUCUGCCAUUUAAAUCAACAUAUUCGUGUCCAUACAGGUGAUCGCCCUUACAAGUGUGAUGUGGAGGGUUGUGGCAGAUCUUUUGCUCAGUUGUCUAAUCUCAAUCAUCACAAGAAGAAUCACGAUGACACGGUCAAACGUGAUGUGUCACGACAGUUCAGAUGUCAUGUUUGUGAGAGAAGUUAUGCAACAAAGAGCAGUCUUAAUACACAUGUACAGAAGCUUCAUUCAAAUUUGAAUCUAGAUAUCACCAGUCCAAUUCAGUCUACAGUUACACAAGUACCAAGGAAGAGAAAGAAGAAAGGAGAAAACAGGGGUCUUCAGUCAUUUGACAAAGAUCCAAAUACAUACAUGAUGGAUUGUGAUUCAGAUGAUGGCCUCCCUACUCAGGUCAAGGUCAAAUCAAGGUUUGAAACAAAAUCGAAUCUCACUGUAAGAACCGGUACCCCGCCUGGAAAUGGAGAACAGGACAAAAAUAGACAAGCACCGAGAACCACCUUACCGCUUCCAUUUACAACAAACCAUAAUCAGUCAUCACCAUUGUCAUUACGUUACCAACAGAGUCAAGUGAAAGCAAAAGCAUGACAGACACGGAACCAGAAUUGAGCAUUGAUCAUCCAAUCACCAUAAAGCAUUUUAACACCAAAUCUUGUCUAUGUAGAUUAGUAGCAUGAAUAUGUGUUUUGUUGACUGUGUUUAAACAAUAUGUGAUAAAAUAUAUAUAGAAUAACUGGCAAGCUGUUACAGAUUAUUUAGAAAGUAGAUACAUAUAUAUGUAAACUAUUAUGGGGCCAAGGUUGUUAUCCAAUUAAACAUCACAUCAGCAAAACAUUUUUGUAUCUGCAUUUUCAGCUCCAAGCUUUGUAGCAAAGAAAUAGAACUAAUCUCAUGGUAUUCAGAGUCAAAUUAUAAAGGUCCAUGUCUCAAAAUCUAAUCGUCUUCACUUGCAAUACAUGUUUACUAUUAAAAAAAGAGGCAACCAUUAAAUGGCAGAUACUCUUAAAAUUCUGUCAGAGUUACGCCUUUUAACCAUUCUCAGGUUUAGUUUUGUUACAUUUGAAGGUCAAAUCCCAUGUCUUACUGGAAUACAGUCAGGACUCAAUACAUCGGAAUCCAUUAUACUGACAAAUUCAAGUAACGACAGUGAAUUGGUGGGAACCAAAUUUUUUCAACGUUAUUAUAAUCCUUUAUAACGGAAAAUUCGUAUUCCGACUCCAACACAAUAAAAUUGGAAACCAAACAUGUUAUUUUCUAUACAAUCAGUACCCGUUAAACUGACACUUGGUCAGUCAAGCGCACGUAUAAAAGUAAAGCCGCAAGGUGUUAAAACAGGUAUUGUAGCUUGGUCAGUUGAUUGUUACACCUUAUUUCAAUACCAACGUGUUGUUGUCAGCUGAAUUUUGUUACACCUGCCAACUUAUGACAACAAACAGUGUGCAACCAAUUUUUAACGGUUUAACUUUUAAAAGUCCUAUCAUUCAUUUGUAUAUGCUUUUAUUAUUUUAGUUUUAUCAUUUUCAUAAAAAUCUUUAACUAUUUAAGUUGUUAUUAUUUUAAUGAUGUAGUUAUAUUAUGUGUAUGAUAUGUAAUGUGUGUAAUGAAGUGAACAAAUAAACACAAAAUCUUUUUCAUAAGAUGAAAAUUAUAGAUCUAAAUACAUAAUGUUCAGAUACCAGUGAGUAAGCAUAUCAUUUCAUGAUGAAUGAUGAAAUUCAUUAUACUGACAAAUUCGAUAUACUGACAUAUCCUUUGGGAACCAAGAGUGUCGUUGUAAUGAGUCCUGACUGUAGUUGUUUUUGUUAUUCUUGUCCAUUUACAGAAGUUUUAGCUUAUACAUAGAAAUGUUUUGUUGAAAAAAAAAUCUAUAUUAUGUAAUCUUAUCUUUAUAUACUGGUUGAAGUACUAAUAUAGUAAAUUAUGAAAGGUUAUAUUUAGCUUUGAUUAAUAACAUGUUUCAAUAACUUGUAUUAAUUUGACCAAAAUUGUUUUUUUUACAGUUUUAAAGAUUUAUUAGAGUUGAGGUAUCAGCUGAUUUUAUGAACGCUUAGACCUCUAUGAGAUUUGUUAAGUAGUGAAAAAUGUUAAAGUUUUAAGCAGUUCUGAAAAUUUUAUUAGUGUUUUUAAAAAAAAAAAAUAUUGUGUAGUGAACCACAUUUCAAACAGCACUUACAAUCCAUGUUAUAAAACAAAAAAAAGGUAACAUAUUAAUAUGCAAAGUAGCCCUUACUUUGUUAGUCAUUCAGUAGAAAUAUGGUGAUAAAAACUGCAAAAUCAGCAAUGAAAUACACAACAUGUAAAUUAUUACUUUAACCUUGAAUCUUCUUACUUUUCUUAAAAUCUUAGUACAUUUUUCUCAAGUUUGAUUUCUUGAAAUAUUUUGUCUUAUCUGAAGGCAUGCAGCUUUAAGGGAUGUGAUGAAUUUUUUUACCAUCAAUAUUAUCAUGUUGCAAGAUAUUAUUUGUGAAGAUUGUUGUUGCUUAGUUCUUACACAAGACAAUAUGUCAUUCUUACUAUCUGUUUGGCUGAUAUAUUAAAUGGCUGAUGUGUUACAUGUCAUUAUUGGUUACCUCCCUUUUAGACUUUGACUUUUUGUUUAAAUGCCAGGUGAUGGUUGAUACAAA